AUGACAGAGGCUUCCCAGUCGCAGGGCAAAAAGGCCACAAGACUAGAUGAAGAUAGCUUUACGGCAUUCAACCAUGCUGCUGCCGGGCAUGACGGCGUUCUUUGCCAUGAGGAUGGCUCUCUGAUCGCGAAGCCGUGCACCCAACGUGAGAUUGACUUCUACGAAUCUAGCGUCCGCCAUCCUGAAUUCCAACGGUACAUGCCCACCUUCAUGGGUACGCUGACCGCCGCGCCGCAAGAUGCCGCCAAAUUACCUGCCCAGCUCAUCGGUGGUUCAUCUACUGCGCCGCUCUCAACCGAGUUAUCCAGUACAGACACAUCUGCUACUCCGGAGCUGUCUGGUACCCCUUUAGCUACAUCAGUACCGCAGCCGGAAUCUCAAUGGGUGCCUUCCGGUGGGCGCAAGCUGGAUACUGGAUUGUCCAUUGUUUUAGAAAACGUUACCGGUGGCUUCAGCCGACCAUGCGUAUUAGAUGUGAAAUUAGGCUCCAGGCUGUGGGCUGAUGAUGCGGUCGCGUCCAAACGAGCGAAGUUGGAUGAAGUUUCAAAACAAACGACAAGUUCGACUUUAGGAUUCCGCAUUGCUGGAAUGAAAGUUUGGAUUGGGGGAGAGAAUGGCUGCCAGAGCGAAGAAGAACGUCCCGUUACGGUCAGCGAUUGCAUCCCGGCCGAUGCUAAGGAAGAGAUCAAAUCAAAAAUUCGGAUCAUCGAGGCCGCUGGGUAUCGGCGUUACGAUAAGUACUACGGCCGCGCAUUCAAUGACCAAAACGUCACGCAGGCAGUUGAGAGUUUUCUCGUCAGCGCUAGGACUGGCAGGAUAGAUCACUCGAAACUGAUUGCCAAAAGAUUGGCCGCAGAACUACGGGCCAUGCAGGCCAUGCUUGAGAAAGAAGAAAGCCGAAUGUACUCCGCUAGUAUUCUCCUUGUUUACGAGGGCGACUCAAAAGUGGUAGAGCAAGCUUUAGAUGAGGAAGGCAAGGAGAAAACAGGUAGUUCUCUAGGAAAUGAUGAAGAGCCAAAGCUGGAGGAUGAUGAAGCGAUGGACUUGGUUUCAAUGACAACUCUCGAUCCGCAAGCCGCGCAAACAUGGGCGUCUCAAGGAACUGUCAACGUGGAAAUCAGUGCUGAAGACAUUGCUGGCCUGGGAGACCUUGCCGACGACGAUUCGGAAGAAGCAACCAAUAAAGUACACGAUGCACGUUUGAUAGAUUUUGCCCACGCUCAAUGGACCCCUGGCGAGGGCCCAGAUGAGAACGCUCUCCAAGGUAUACGCAGUUUAGCUCGUAUUUUAGAGGAAUUAGCAGAAAUUUAG